UCGACAUGGGUUUGUCAUCAGUCGAGUUGUUUUGACAGGCCGGAAGGACGGAACGUUUCCCUGAAUCAGUGGCGGCUAAAUAGUAUGCAAAAGAUGAUGACAUUAAUCUCCAACGUGCUGAGGGGCAGUGUUAGCAGAAAUGGAGGCCAGGUUGUUUCAGAGUCCUCAUUGCGCAGGGCUGUUUUGCAGCUGCUGGCGGUCCAGGGGCAGUAUGCUGACAUAGCCCAUCCGCCCGACCCAGAUCCAGCACUGCGCCCCUACAAGCCAGACGAAGAUUUAUGCUCAGUCACACAUAGUCCUCUAGCAGACAAUCUCAACAGACCAAAGACUGAUACUGACAAACCAUUUUCCGAUCUAACAGUAAUUGAUCAUGUAAUUAUGGACCCGCCAAUUUUUCUGGACCCUUUUUCUGAGCGACCAAAUCUGAACUCUCCAGAGCCCUUAGCAUCCAGUCUGACUGUUUCAGGUCUCAGAGCAGAUACAGCCCCAGUGGUACCAGAAGCAGAACCAUUAGCUAAUACUGACUCGCCUGAUUCAGAACCCUUAGAACCACAUUUAAAUGUCCUUACUCAUUUAGAAUCAACUUUACUGAAACGACUUGUAAGUACAAAUCCAGUUAUUCCAGAAUCAACCUCAUGUGGACAGUCCACUACCAUGGACUCUCAAGUACUAAAAUCGACUUCACCAGAGCCACCAAUUACACUUCAUGCAGAAAUGUACUCUGACCUACCACGCCCGGAAGUAACACUGCCAGAACUACAUCUUAACACAGACCAACUAACUCAGGAAAUAAACCGCUCAGACCCUGAAAUCUGCGCUAACAGCCCCGCUUGCGACUCUUCCACGUCUGAGCCUCGGCAGGCAGAGAGGAGCCAGAACACUGACAUAACGUUGCACCAACGCCCUGAGAUCGCCCUCAGCUUGACUGAAGACACUCGUUUACCAGAGCCACAGCUUGCUGCAGCAAGCGUGGUGGUGUCGUCACGUUCCUACGCUGACUUCACUCCUGAAGCCACCUUCGACAUAAAGAAAGUUGACCUUCAUCGUCUGGAGGAGGGUCCACCCCUGACGUCCACACUGACCCGUGAGGAUGGGCUGAAGUACUACCGUACCAUGCAGACCAUCAGACGGAUGGAGCUGAAGGCAGAUCAACUCUACAAGCAGAAGAUCAUCAGGGGCUUCUGUCACCUGUAUGACGGCCAGGAAGCCUGUGCGGUUGGCAUAGAGGGGGGUAUCACCCUGUCAGAUCACCUGAUCACUGCUUAUCGCGCCCACGGUUACACCCUCACCAGGGGCGGGACUGUCAGAGAGAUCAUGGCUGAGCUCACUGGUCGUCGAGAGGGUAUUGCUAAGGGCAAGGGAGGCUCUAUGCACAUGUACACGAAAAACUUCUAUGGAGGCAAUGGCAUUGUGGGCGCUCAGGUGCCUCUAGGAGCCGGCGUAGCCCUGGCCUGCAAAUACCUGGGCACUGACCAGCUCUGUGUCAGUCUGUAUGGUGACGGAGCAGCCAACCAGGGUCAGAUCUUCGAGACGUAUAACAUGGCGUCUCUUUGGAAGUUGCCCAUCAUCUUUAUCUGUGAGAACAACCAGUACGGCAUGGGCACAUCAGUCGAGCGUGCUUCUGCCAGCACUGAGUACUACAAGAGAGGAGACUUCAUUCCUGGCCUCAGGGUGGACGGGAUGGAUGUCCUGUGCGUCAGAGAGGCGACCAAGUUUGCAGCGGACCACUGCCGAUCCGGAAAGGGCCCUAUUCUCAUGGAGCUCCAGACCUACCGCUACCAUGGACACAGCAUGAGCGACCCUGGGGUCAGCUACCGCACACGUGAGGAGAUCCAGGAGGUCCGCAGUAAGAGCGACCCCAUAUCUAUGCUGAAGGACCGCAUGCUCAGCAACAACAUGGCCAGCGUCGAGGAGCUCAAGGAGAUCGACAUUGAGGUGCGGAAGGAGAUUGAGGACGCGGCACAGUUUGCCACCACAGACCCUGAGCCCCCUCUGGAUGACCUUUGUAGCCACAUCUACGCCAACGAGAAGUCCUUCGAAGUGCGUGGCGCCACCCCGUGGACCAAACUGACGUCCCACAGCUAAAGGCUCUGUCACCCAGGCCUUCUCCCAGUCCUCCAUCAACGCACACUUUUAUCUCUGCACACGUCGUCAUCCCCAUCUCAGCCAAAUGGCCUUCAUGGACUCUAAUCGUCUCCUUUCUACUCCCACCCCCACUCCACAUCAUCAUCCCUAUCCAAUAUUACGUUCAUUCACCCAUACAUGUUCCGUUGACCCUCUGCAUGAAUCGAAAAACUCUACACGCAAAACGUGGGCCUGGCUGGUGCCAUAGCUCCUUGAAGAUUCGAACUCCGAGUCAUUGUUACUUGCAGUGCUCAUGCUACACUAUUGCCACGUCUUCUCUCUUGAAAUGUCACUUAAAACACAGCCAAGAAGUAAGACGUUUACCGUGCCUCUCAAAAUGUUUUCGAGACUGAUCAUUUGGAUGGGUUGUCCCUCCGCAACAUUAGUGGCAUAAUUUCUCCUGUAAGACGUGGUGGUUGUUUUGUUUCUUUUUCCAGAGAGAUUAAAGGAUACAUUAUGUAAAGGGAUGUAGAUUAGGAUGUUAACAUUUCUACCUGGCCAAAUCGAACCUGUGCUUCUGGGACAUGGAUUGUGUUUAGAAGAUGUCUCUCGUUAUUAUGGCACUCUGCAGAUCCACGUGGAUGAGGGCGGAGUCUGGACAUUGUGAUGUGAUGAUUUAAUAUUUCUGACCUCAUGCCUCCGCUGUCUUGUCAGUCAUAGCCCACUUUAGGAACCUACACUCAAACUACAAUUCCCCUUGCUCUCUACUUGGAUUUUGUUGGUUCUAUCAGCCUCAUAUUUAUUGCUGAAUGUGUUUUUUAACUAGCAUACCAAUACUGUGUUUUAAACUACAAAUAAUUCAAGGAAGAAGAGAAAAUGCCUCUUUUGUGAGUCUUGGUGGUCAGCUGUUACAGUGGGAUAUAGUCAGACUAUGGAUACGGAUGUCACUACAUAGGGAUCGGUCCUGGUUUUCCUACACUGGUGUUCUAAUAAGGGAGUGUAUGUGCGCCUUGGUUUUCAUUGUACAAUCUGUUGAAACGAAGUAAAAUAAAUCGGAAAGAAACUAAUGAACUUGUUUUGGGCUUUGUGUUUCUGUGAAUGUGUUAAAAAUGUAUGGUCCACUCUGGCCCUAUUUUUUUUCUAUGUUUGAUUCACACUCAGGUCAUCCAUAUGAAAAUGUAUGUAUACAUAACUAAGUGACUUUUGGAUAUGUCUGAUUAAUGGCAUAUAAACAUAUUAGAUACUU